AUGGCGCCAGUCAGGAAAACCAGGGGCAACCAGCCAGAGCAGAUCGACGGAAGCGUUUAUGAUCCCAGGUGGAGUUCGUUUUGGGACAAAGAGAACUUCACAUUGGAAGAGCUUCUGGAUGAGGAAGAAAUAAUCCAAGAAUGCAAAGCUUUAAACACACGCUUGAUAAAUUUUCUUAGAGAUAGAUCUCAGGUGGAACAGUUGCUGCGGUAUAUUGUUGAAGAUGCUCCUGAAGAUGCUGACAGCAAGCGAUCUUUCAAAUUCCCUUUCAUUGCCUGUGAGAUAUUUACCUGUGAAAUUGAUGUUAUUCUUAAGACCUUGGUAGAGGAUGAGGAGCUGAUGAAUAUGCUGUUUUCUUUUCUUGAGCCAAACCACACACAUGGUUCGAUGUUGGCUGGGUAUUUUAGCAAGGUUGUAAUAUGCCUUAUGUUACGGAAGACAACACAGCUUAUGAAAUAUGUCCAAGCCCAUAACACCAUUUUCUGCCAAUUGGUUGAUAUGAUAGGUACAACAUCGAUUAUGGAGAUUUUGAUUCGACUUGUUGGUGCUGAUGAUCAUAUAUAUCCAAAUUAUGCGGAUAUCAUGCAGUGGUUGGCUGAUACUAAUCUUCUUGAAAUGAUUGUGGACAAAUUGAGCCCAUCAAGUUCACCUGAAGUUCAUGCAAAUGCUGCUGAGGUGCUCUGGGUCAUCAUCCGAAAUGCUCCAUCCGCUCUAGCUGCCAAAGUUUCCAGUCAAAGCUUUGUUGCAAGGAUAUUUGGUCAUAUGCUGGAAGAUUUGCUGUGUAAAUCUGCUCUUGUCCACUCAUUAUCAGUAUGCAUUGCCUUGUUGGAUCCUAAAAGAUCUGCUUCUUCUGCUAUUAUUCAUUCUGUCAGAAGUCAGCAUAUAUACGAACCAUCUAUUCAUGUUGAUCCUGAAAUUGUUUGUGCCAUGCUACCAAAAUUGGGUGACUUGCUUAAAUGUUUGGAUGUAUCAUCUGAUGUGAAUACCCUGCCUACUACUUAUGGUCGACUACAUCCUCCACUUGGGAAGCAUCGCCUAAAAAUAGUGGAGUUCAUUACGGUGUUGUUGGAGACUGGUAGCGAAGCUGCCGGGAAGGAAUUGAUUAGAUCUGGGGGCAUUAAUGGUGUUCUAGAUCUCUUUUUUGACUAUCCAUUCAAUAAUUCAUUGCAUCAUCAAGUAAAGAGCUUGAUAAUGUCAUGUCUGGAGAGCAAGCAUGUUGCGAUUGUUGAUCACCUCUUUUGUGAAUGUAAUAUAAUUCAGAAAUUUCUACAAGCAGACAAAAUUCCUUUUCUUUCUAGAGAUUCUAGUGUGGUUACCAUACCUGCUGCCGGAAGACAGCCACCUCGGGCUGGCUACAUUGGACACAUUACACAAAUUUGCAACAAACUUGUUCAACUUGGAAGCAGCAAUGAUCAUAUUCGGGCUUACUUACAGGUUAACUAUUUUGUGGAUUUCUUGUAUCUGAAAAAAGCUAGUUUCAUUGUAUCUGGUUGUUCAUCAUUCUUAUUCUCUCUGUGCCUGGCAUAUAUCAUGCAGAAGCUUGUUAAGUAGCUAUGGUAAACCUUUCAUGGUGAGGAAACCUUUCAUAUCAGCUGCAUUAAGGGCUGUAUAUUUUUCUCUUUUUUUUAUUUUUUUAUGAGGGCUGUACAUUCUUAGUGAAAGAUAGUGGAAAGUAUGGAGUGGAUAUUUCCUUCAGAAAUUAGGACCCUCCUUGGAGAUUGAUGAAGCUUGAAUGAGGAAAUGUUACACACUUGCUCCCAAUGUCUUCAUUUAACCCACUGAAAACUCAGGUUGCUGGCAUAUACUUCGCUUAGCCCUAACUUAAAAAGUUAGGGAGCUGUAAAAAAUAAUACUAACCACCAAUCAAGGGAUGCCAUGUAACUAUUCAAGGUUAAGGAGCCUCAUAGGAGGCAGGGACAACUGCUUAUUUUCUGAAUGUAUGGACCGUUAUCUUUGUUAGUAAGGUUCACCGAACUGGAACCAAGUGAGAAGAAAAGUAAAAGAUAAUAAUGUGAGAUGAUAUGGACAUGCAUAACAAAGAUAUGAGGGGGCCCUAGUAAGGAAAGGCUCUGUUUUACAGUGCCUUGCAGUCAUGGAAGUUGCGAGGGAUCUAGAAAACAUCAUUGUAAAAAGUUGAAGGAUAUCCUUAAUAAAAGUCAUUGAUGGCUGACCAAGAUAAUAAAGAUCAUUGGCAGUUAUCCAGAAAGCCUACUGCAAUUGUUGCGAAUUGGCUUGAUGGUAAUGAGUGGUAAUUUAUGGACGUAUUAAUGUAUUACACACUUAUA